AUGAUUUUGAAGGAAAAAAAAAAAAACCAAGAAAUAGGAGUAUAUGAAAAGGAAAUAUUCGAAGAACUACAAAAAGUAUAUAAGAAAGAAAAGUUUUUUAAAUAUGUGGAUGAAAACAAUUAUGAAAAUUUUAUAUAUGAAAAAAAAAAAAAUUCGUCAGAAUGCAAAUUUGUUGGGAAAAAUAAUAUACAGAUAAAAGACAAGCAAAAUAAUUAUAGUCAUGUUGUAUAUCCCAAUUUGAAUGCGAUAAAAGCUUUUAAAAAUUUCAUAGGGAAAGAGAUUAAUAUUGAAAGUAUUUGUGAUGAUGAUUCUUUUUUUAGUUCCAAAGAAAAUGAAAAAUUGUCUUUCAUCAAAAAAAGCGAUAACCAUGAAUAUUAUAAAAAUAAAAAUGGAAUAAAUAAAAUUAGCAUAAAUAGACAAAGUAAUAAAAAUUUUAUCACAAGAAUUGAGGAAAUUAAAAAUAUAAUUUUUUUUAUCAAAAAUAGUUAUAAUAAUAAAUUCAUAGAAAAUGAAAAUAAAAAAACAAACAAAAUCGAAGACUACUGUGAGCAAAUAUUAGACAUUUUUAUUUCUAUUGAAAAUACGUUUAACACAAUUAUAAAUUAUGGAGAAAUUUGUGAUGAGAAUUUUUAUGAUAAUUCAAAAUAUUACAAAUAUAUAAACAAGUGUUGUAAAAAUUUACAUGAUAAUGAAAAUGGAAUGAAAACAAACAAAACCACAAUUUUUGAGUUAGUAGAAAUAUUAAAAACGAAAAAAAACACUGAAAAAAUGAAUAUUUUAAAUUAUAAUAAUAUUUUGUCAUUUCAAAAACUUGUUUUAAAGAAUAAUUUUGAGGAGCUUACUCAAAAAAUUGAUAUAUAUGAAUCAUUGCUUUCUGAAAACUGUUUGGAUGAAAAUACUGUAACUAUGUUACUAUCUUUUUUCUUCUUUGUAAAUAUAUGCUUAAAUGAUAAUAUAUACAAAAGAAUAUUGAAUUAUAUUUAUUUAAUAAAUUUUAAAUUAAAAAAGAAAAAAGAAUAUUUAGAAAAUUGUAACAAUAUAAAAACAUUAAAUAUGUUAUAUUCUUAUGUACAGUCAAUUACAAACAAGGAUCAAAUGUUUUAUGACGAUUUUCCCAAAUUUGUUGAAAUUACAUUCCAAUUAAAUUUAAAUAAAGACGUUGAAAAUUUAUUAUGUUUAUACAAAAAAUUAUUAAAAUGCGAAAUAAAUAUGGAUUUAAUAACAAAAGAAGCAAACAAACUAAAUGAAAACAUAGCAAAUAUCAGCCAAAAUUUAGAAAACAUCAAUGCACAAAUAUUAAUGUCCUAUGAAGGUUUUCCGUAG